AUGGAAAUGGUUUGUGAGAAAGAUGAAACCAACACCGUGAAGGUCAACAUGCAAGAGAUUACCACUUGUAAUUUCUUAAGAAAGAAGGAAGGAAAUGACACCUCUUGUGCCCUUAAAGAAAGUGAGAAGGAAAUUCCACCAUUGAAAGGUAAGGCUCAAACACCUCAAGUUACAAGAAUUGGAAAUUCGCAAGGCUAUGAUUAUGAUGAAUGGGAAUAUGCUAUCUUGAAUACUCUUUAUCGUGCAUGUUUGGUUAACGAGGACUUUGAUAGUGAUGAGGAGGAGGAUUUGCCUCAAAUUGAGCUUGGUGCCGAGGCAACGGUUAUCCUUCAUAAAGGAUGCCCAAGCAAGCAAGACGAUCCCGGUGCUUUCCUAGUGAAAUGUAGUAUAGGGGAUUGUGUUUUUAAGGAUGCCUUAGCCGAUUUGGGAGCCUCCGUCAACAUCAUGCCUUCCCUUAUCUAUGAGAAAUUGAUUUUUCCUUGUAUAGUUUCCACACCACUUGUUGUUCGCUUAGCCGACGGGACUACACGUUAUCCCCGAGGUGUGGUCACAAACGUGCUUGUCAAAGUUGGAAGAAAUCUUGUACCGGUUGAUUUCAUGGUACUAGAUGUAGGAAAGGACUUGGAGGCGCCAUUGAUCCUAGGACGCCCAUUCUAA